AUGGCGGACCCUAAAUACGCCGACCUUCCCGGCAUUGCCAGGAACGAGCCAGAUGUUUAUGAAACCAGCGACCUACCUGAGGAUGACCAAGCAGAGUUUGAUGCGGAGGAACUGACGAGCACAAGUGUAGAGCACAUCAUUGUCAAUCCUAAUGCUGCCUAUGACAAGUUCAAAGACAAGAGAGUGGGGACAAAGGGACUUGAUUUCUCAGAUCGUAUUGGAAAAACCAAGAGGACAGGAUAUGAAUCCGGAGACUAUGAGAUGCUUGGAGAGGGUCUGGGAGUGAAGGAGACACCCCAGCAAAAGUACCAGCGACUAUUGCAUGAGGUCCAGGAGCUGACAACUGAAGUUGAAAAAAUCAAGACAACAGUGAAGGAGUCAGCCACUGAGGAGAAGCUGACCCCCGUGGUGUUGGCUAAGCAGCUGGCAGCCCUGAAGCAGCAGCUGGUUGCUUCCCACCUGGAGAAGCUGCUGGGACCAGAUGCAGCAAUCAACCUUACUGACCCUGAUGGAGCUCUGGCUAAGCGCCUACUACUACAGCUGGAGGCAACAAAGAACAGCAAAGGGACUGGUUCAGGGGGGAAAACCACAAGUGGGACGCCCCCAGAUAGCAGCCUUGUCACUUACGAACUACAUUCGAGGCCUGAGCAAGACAAGUUCUCUCAAGCUGCCAAAGUUGCAGAACUUGAGAAGCGCCUGACAGAGCUGGAAGCAACUGUACGGUGUAAUCAGGAUGCUCAGAAUCCCCUUUCUGCAGGUCUGCAGGGAGCGUGCCUUACAGAGACUGUAGAACUGUUGCAGGCAAAGGUGAGCGCCCUGGAUCUUGCAGUUUUGGACCAAGUGGAGGCUCGGCUACAGAGUGUCCUGGGAAAGGUGAAUGAGAUUGCCAAGCAUAAAGCUUCUGUAGAGGACGCAGAUACACAAAGCAAGGUGCACCAGCUAUAUGAAACCAUACAGCGCUGGAGCCCCGUCGCCUCCACCCUUCCUGAGCUGGUGCAGAGACUUGUCACCAUCAAGCAGCUUCAUGAGCAAGCCAUGCAGUUUGGUCAGCUCCUGACACACUUGGACACCACACAGCAGAUGAUCGCUAGUUCUCUCAAGGACAACACCGCCCUCUUGACCCAGGUACAGACGACCAUGCGUGAAAACCUGUCCACAGUUGAGGGGAAUUUUGCCAACAUUGAUAAACGGAUGAAGAAACUGGGAAAGUGA